CGAUUCCUCAUUUUGCCCUUGCUCCUGGCUUGACGCCGUUAGAAUAAAAUAUAAGAAAAUUAACUUGACAUCUUUAUCUUUUCCAAGGAAAUAAAGAAAGCUUAGCUGGCUCCCACUCACAUCUCAUCUCUCUCAAAUCCCUAAAUCACUUCCAUAAACCUAAGUCUGCAGAUUUCCCUCAAAGGCUAUGAACGACAGCAUGUAUACUAAAAUCAGAGCUAUAUAUUUCUACUCUUUCACUCUUUCAUCUCUGUCACAGUAGGUUUGAAACCCGUUUGUGCAGGUUUGGGGAGAAAAUCAAACUAGGAAUGGACGACUAUCUUACCCAAAUUUAAUGUGAAACAGUCAAAUACAGUAAAUGGAGUCAGAUCCACUGUGGAUGCUACCAAAUAUGGCUUUCUUUCACCAUGUGCCAAAGUAACUGAAAAUUUGGUGAUAAUUAUUUCCAAAAGUGAUACAUACUGAACUAUGUUAUGGCAAAAAUAUAGCAAACCCCAGGUUACCAUUCUUAAUGGAAUCGUCAUGGGAGGCGGGGCUGGUGUUUCUGUACGUGGUAGAUUUCGAGUUGCAACAGAAAAGUCGGUUUUUUCCAUGCCCGAAAUAGCUUUGGGAUUCUUUCCUAAUAUAGGUGCCUCUUACUGUUUAUCAAGACUUCCAGGAUUCUUUGGGGAAUAUGCUGGUCUUACUGGUGCUAGGUUGGAUGGUGCUGAAAUGCUUGCUUGUGGUCUAGCAACCCACUUUGUAUCAUCGACGGUUUUGGAGAUUGAAGUUUGCAGGUAAAAAAGCUUAUUUGGAGGAAAUAUAAGUUGACUCUCAUUUUGCUGGGAAUUUGUACUUUGUAUAAUGUCUAGGGAUGUUAGCUAGAUUUUUUUUUUUUUUUUUUUUGUUGCAGAAAUUGUGUAACAAUAUUGUGAUUGCUUAGUUACAUUAUACAUGUAAAUGGCGCCAUUUAAUUGGCAUGUUAAUCAAUUUUUGUAAAACAAAAUUUAUCUCUGUA